GGCGGGGUCCCCUUGGCCUUCCCAUCGCCGUCUUGCAGCCCAUCAUCUUCCCCAAUCCUUCCACUGCGCUUCUUGUUGCUCAGUCUGAAAUCGCGAUGAAGCUCCGUUACAUUGUGCCCGCGUGCCUAGCGCUCGCGUCUGUUGCGGUCGCUGAUUCCCAAGAUGGCGUCUCUGUUGCGUUUGUGCCAACAUCGCUUAAUGCCCCUUUUCUGGAGCAAUUCGCAUCUGGAUGGGAACGUCGCUGGACACCGUCCGAGACUAAAAAGUCUGUCGACGGAGUGGAGGACGAGGAGCUCCUCCGAUACCGCGGCCAAUGGGGUGUUGAGGAACCUCAAAACUCUGUCAUUUCAGGAGACGAGGGACUGGUCGUCAAAACUGCCGCAGCACAUCAUGCAAUUGCCGCAAAGUUUGACAAGCCUGUGGACCCGACUGGAAAAUCUCUGGUUGUGCAGUAUGAGGUCAAGCUUCAGAACGGAUUAGAGUGUGGGGGAGCGUACAUGAAGCUUCUCUCCCAAGAUAACUCGUUUGAUCCCAAAAAAUUCGACGACAAGACUCCCUACACCAUCAUGUUCGGUCCCGACAAGUGUGGAUUGACCAACAAGGUCCACUUCAUUUUCCGCCACAAGAACCCCAAAACUGGGGAGUUUGAAGAAAAGCAUGUCAAUGCCCCACCAGCGGCCAAAGCGGACAAGAACACUCACCUCUACACGUUGAUUGUGAAUCCCGACCAAUCGUUCAAGAUUCUCAUUGACAAUGAAGAAGUCAAGAAGGGCUCUCUUCUUGAGGAUUUCACUCCUUCUGUCAACCCCCCAAAGGAAAUCGAUGAUCCUAAUGACAAAAAGCCAUCUGACUGGGUUGAGGAAGCUCAGAUUCCUGAUCCAAAAGCCACAAAGCCUGAUGACUGGGAUGAGGAGGCACCCCUUGAGAUUGUGGAUGAAGAUGCCAAGAAACCUAGCGAUUGGCUUGAUGACGAGCCCUUGACCAUUCCCGAUCCUGAAGCUCAGAAGCCUGAAGAUUGGGACGAUGAGGAAGAUGGUGACUGGGUCGCCCCGACUAUCCCUAACCCCAAAUGUGAAAAGGCGUCUGGAUGCGGCGAGUGGAAAAAGCCCACGAAAAGGAAUCCCAACUACAAGGGCAAGUGGAAGGCCCCAUUGAUUGACAACCCCAAGUACAAGGGCCCUUGGGCGCCGCGCAAGAUCCCCAACCCCAACUACUUUGAGGACAAGACACCUUCCAACUUUAACAAGAUUGGUGCAAUUGGAUUCGAACUCUGGACCAUGCAAGAUAAGAUUCUCUUUGACAACAUCUAUGUUGGACACAGCGCAGAGGAUGCCAAGAAAUUGGCGGAAGAGAGCUUUGCGAUUAAGGCUAAAUUGGAGAAGAAGGACGAACCCAAGCCAGAAAAGGAGAAGGGCGAGACCAAGGACUUGCCUCUUCUUGAGAGAGUCAAUGUAAUCAAAGACCAAGUCCUCGACUUUGUUCAACGUGUUCAGAAAGACCCUGUCGAAGCUAUCCAGGAGCUUCCACAGAUCGCCGCCGGCGUCAUUGGUACCGCCAUUGUCGUUCCUAUGUUAUUGGUGGGGGCCAUUAUCAGCAUGGGAUCCAAAAAGCCCGCUGCAAAGAAGGUUAAGAAGGUAGACGUCGCCGCCAAAAAGAAGGACGCACAGCCUGAUGAGGACGAGGAAGAAGAGGAGGAGGAAGUUGUUGUUGUGAAAAAGAAGGAUGAGAAGAAGGACGGGGCCCAAAAGAGAAAGACUGCGGGGAAAAAGGACAAGGACGAAGAGGACGAGGAGGAUGAAUAGAUGUGGUGUGGUUUUUGGAGGCAUUUACUUUUUUUUCUGUAGUUUUUUUUUGCCAUACCUUUUAACGUUUUGGGUUUACAUGGUGGUGUUGUGCAAUGAUUGUGGACAAUCAAAACAAUAAGAAACCUCAUUUGGCCAAA